UGGGCGGCGGCGGCGGAUCGGGGCAGGUUGGGGUCGCGGCGAUGGCGUCGUUCGUGUCGGCGCCGCUGAAGAAGGCGGCCGAGGUGGACGUGGCGCGGCCGCUAACCAAGUUCAUCCAACAGACAUACCCAGCGGGCAGCGAGGACGCGGCGCAGUUCGGCAAGGCUGCUGAGGAGCUGAGCCGCCUGCGCAAGGCCGCGCUGGGCCGCCCGCUGGACCGUCACGACGCGGCGCUGGACACGUUGCUGCGGUAUUAUGAUCAGAUUUGUUCCAUUGAACCUAAAUUUCCAUUUUCUGAAAACCAGAUCUGCCUGACCUUUUCCUGGAAGGACGCUUUUGACAAAGGAUCGCUUUUCGGAGGGUCUGUAAAGCUGGCCCUGGCAAGUUUAGGAUAUGAGAAGACGUGUGUGUUAUUCAACUGUGCGGCAUUGGCCAGCCAGAUUGCCGCCGACCAGAACCUGGAGAACGACGAAGGCCUGAAAGCCGCUGCUAAACAUUAUCAGUUUGCCAGCGGCGCCUUUCUGCACAUCAAAGAGACCGUCUUGUCCGCAUUGAACCGAGAACCUACCUCGGACAUAGCUCCGGACACCACCGGGGCGCUGAGCCUCAUCAUGCUGGCCCAGGCCCAGGAAGUGUUCUUUCUCAAAGCCACAAGAGAUAAGAUGAAAGAUGGGAUCAUCGCCAAGCUGGCCAACCAGGCCGCCGACUACUAUGGGGACGCCUGCAAGCAGUGCCAGUACAAGGACACCCUCCCCAAGGAGGUGUUCCCGGUGCUGGCCGCGAAGCACUCGGUGAUGCAGGCCCACGCGGAGUACCACCAGGCGGUGCUGGCCAAGCAGCAGAAGAAGUUUGGGGAGGAGAUCGCCAGGCUGCAGCACGCGGCCGAAUUGAUAAAGACCGUGGCGUCCAGGUACGACGAGUACGUCAACGUGAAGGACUUUGCGGACAAGAUCAGUCGUGCCCUCGCGGCGGCCAAGAAGGACAACGACUUCAUUUACCACGAUCGGGUUCCGGACCUUAAAGACCUGGAGCCCAUCGGCAAAGCCACCCUCGUGAAAGCUACCCCCGUCCAUGGGCCUCUGAGCCAGAAAUUCACGGACCUGUUUGAGAAGAUGGUCCCGGUGGCCGUGCAACAUUCUUUGGCCUGCUCUAAUCAGAGGAAAGCGGAGCUGGUGAACAGACUAAUCGCCCAAAUGAGAGAAGCCACCAACUUGGCCAAUGGGGUCCUGGCGUCUCUCAAUCUGCCCGCGGCCAUCGAAGACAUCUCCGGAGACACCGUUCCUCAGUCCAUUCUGACCAAGUCCGCCUCGGUGAUCAAGCAGGGAGGCAUCCAGACGGUUGACCAGUUGAUCCAAGAACUUCCUGAACUGCUGCAGAGAAAUCGAGAAAUCCUGGAUGAGUCGUUACGGCUGCUGACCGAAGAGGAAGCCACCGACAACGAGCUGAAGGCCAAGUUCAAGGAGCGCUGGCAGAGGACGCCGUCCAACGAGCUGUACAAGCCGCUGAGGGCAGAGGGGGCCAGCUUCCAGGGGGUGCUGGACAAGGCCAUCCAGGCUGACGGUCAAGUCAGGGAGCGCUAUCAGUCCCACCGGGAUACCAUCGCCCUGCUGUGUAAGCCCGAGCCCGAGCUGAACGCGGCCAUCCCCUCGGCCAACCCGGCCAGAACCAUGCAGGGGAGCGAGGUGGUGAACGUCCUGAAGACCCUGCUGGCCGGCCUGGACGAGGUGAAGAAGGAGCGCGAGCGCCUGGAGAGCGACCUCAAGGCCACCACGUUCGACAUGAGAAGCAAGUUCCUGGCAGCGCUGGCGCAGGACGGCGCCAUAAACGAGGAGGCCCUCUCUGUCACCGAGUUGGACCGUGUCUACGGGGGCCUCACCAGCAAAGUGCAGGAGUCUCUGAAGAAGCAGGAAGAGCUGCUGAACAGCGUCCAGGUCUCGCACCAGGAGUUCUCCAAGAUGAAGCAGUCCAACAGCGAGGCAAGCCUUCGAGAGGAGGUCCUGAAGAACCUGGCCGCGGCCUACGACAACUUCGUGGAGCUCGUGGACAAUCUGAAGGAAGGCACCAAGUUCUAUAACCAGCUGACCGAGAUCCUGGUGAAGUUCCAGAACAAGUGCAGCGACAUCGUGUUCGCCCGCAAGACGGAGAGGGACGAGCUGCUCAAGGAUUUGCAGCAGAGCAUCGCCCGCGAGCCCAGCGCCCCGGCCCUCCCGGCCCCCGCCUACCAGGCCUCGGCCGGGGGCCCCCCUCCCACGCCGGCGCCCAGGACCAUGCUGGUGAGUGACUGGAUGGGGCCGGCUAAGCCCCAGCCCCCGGCCCGCCCGCCGCCUCCGGUGAUCUCGGCCAGUCGCACGACGUCCGCCUCCGCCGUGUCCGGGACCCCCGCCUCGGCUCCGUCGCCCACACCAGGCGUCCCCGCGUCCGGCUCGGCCCCCGGCGGGGCCCCGUCUCAGGCCCAGGGACCGCCGUACCCCACCUAUCCGGGAUACCCGGGGUACUGCCAGAUGCCGAUGCCCGUGGGCUACAACCCCUACAUGUACGGCCAGUACAGCCUGCCUUACCCUCCCGUGUACCCGCCGAACCCGGGCCAGCCGCCCUACCCGGGGCCCCAGCAGCCGGCCUACCCGUUUCCCCAGGCUCCGCAGCAGCCUCACUACCCGCAGCAGUAGCGCUCGCAGAGGAAGCUCGGCGCCAGGUUAGGGGACUCGCAAUAAGCCUCUCGCACUCGCUUCUCUAAUGUACUGUACUUUCCGGCCGCCCCGGGAGCCGUCUGUGGCUCCGAGGCCCGCGUCGCGCCCCGCCAGGACGGCCCAGGGCCGUCCACGCUUUGGGGGGCCCGCGGCCCCCCGAGCCACACGGGGCUCCUUGGGGUUCGCCUCUGAUCUAGGUUUCAAUACGCUAUUUUGUGAAAUAAUCAGAGCCUUGUAAAUCUUAUAACUUAAAAUAAAUGACUUAACUGGGUUCUUAUCCUGCUUUGUCAUUGAUUCUCACCAGGUUUGUGGGGCACCCCAGAGAGAGGCGGCAGGCAGAGGGGAUUCGCCCCCAGAUCUGAGACACCCCCGGGGGGCCCUCGAGGCCCCUCUGGCUUCCUUCCUUCUUGGACCUUUGGUUUCGCUCCCCCAUUCCGUCUUCCACAACGGGUGGGGGGGGGAGGGCAGCCACAGGAGCCUCCCCCCCACUGUGUGCCCAGGGCAGGGCCCGGGGCCCCCCUUGUGCCCCUCCGUCCCCUCAAGGGGGUGCCUGCCCUCCCCAAAUACUUUGAUCUAACACCUGGGGCGCCAUUUUCUGGAAAUUUCACCUCAUCAUUUACCGAAAAAGGGCGUGAAUUGGCCAAAGAUCUUGUUCUGUGGACUCUGACCACACGUGGGGGCCAGCUGGCGAUCCCCACCCCAGGGGAGACCCCCUCCACCCCCUAUCUUUGGGGGCUUCAGGAUAACUGGGCCCCAAAGGCCUCCUGAAAACGGGGAGAAGGGAGUCUCCACUGGUGGCCGGGCAGCCCAGCUCCUUCCAGGGCUGGGAGACUCACUUUUGGGGUGACCAGGAGGGCCCGGGAUGGGAGGACUCCCCCUUUCCCUGCCCUUCAAGGAGGACCUUGUGCCUGGUCUGAGUGAGCUCACGCCAACGGAGAGGAGGCUGGCGGCUUAGUGAGGGUGCGAGUCAGAGCUCCAGGCUUGACCCCCAGGACUGAAUCCGGAGGAGGUCUCGGACCCUCCCCAGGGGGACCGGGACGAGGCCGUCCUGUAGAAUGAGGGCCUCCCAGAUCCUGGUCAAUGUAAGUGCUGAGGCCUGUGGAAACAGCCUUGUUUUUGAACCCACUACCUGGGGGCUGUGAGCAAGGCCUGCAGUUACCCUGGGCGAGGAGAGGCACCCCGAAUUCUGGCCUUUUCUAGUCUUGGGGGUCUCCUCCCCAGUGACUGGCGAGUCCUCGAGGAUUCAGCAGGGAGGUCACUUGGAAGGUGUCAGAUGAGGUGCCUGCGGGCCUGGGGUCGCCCCUUCUAGUGCCGUCUGCCUCCUCCUGUGGGCAACCCUUCCCCCCAAAAACCCCCGCCCCUUCCUCCACCUCAGUCCUUGUGCCGGAGGCCGAGGUCCCUCGUGGCUUGUGUCCCGGAGUAUUUUUGUCGUGCCUCUCCGUUUCUUUGUGAUUGGCCUCAGGACAGAACAGGUCAUGGGUGCGAGGUGCCGAGGAAGGGAAGCACCAUGUUGGAGGGAAUGAAUGAAUGAGCCCAGGCUGCUGUUGCUGCCUGAGAAGUAGCCUUCGGGUCGGGCCCCAUAGAGAGGAAGGAGAGGAAGCUCGCAGGGAUGGAUGGGAAAGGAAUAAUUCUAUUUUUCAAGAAAAAGAAGAGAAUGUUCAGGCUUAGUUGCUGGCUUGAAAUUUAUAUUUUUAAAACAACCCUUUCUUACCCGGCGGGGACUUUUCGGAUUCUUUUCUGAUUCUACAGAUUGUUGGAUGUUGGGUUCUAUUUUUAUUGUCUUUCUUUGAGGGGACGUUAGAGAGAAAUGCCAAUGUGCCAAUGACUGUACCCUCCGAAUAAAGCUUGGAAGAUUCUGACUGA